CUUUCCCUCACCCGACGUGCAUCCCUCUCAGGCUCAAAUAUUUUGACUGUAAGCCUGAAGAAGAGGGGAGGUUUAAAAAAAAAAGGAGAAAAAGUGCAAGUCGUCUCAGAAGAAGAAGAAGACGGGGGGAGGUGGGGUGGAGGCAUCAAUUUGUAGCCUUCACUUGGCACCCCUGGUUUUUUCCCCCUCAGCAAAGGAAGGAAUAGAAAAAAAAUCUGCGUUAUUGUUAUGAUCGGCUGCAAUAUGAGCCAGCGCGAGCCCGUGUUGUUGACAGACGCCGCGGCUCCGAGGCGCGCGUGUCAGYGUGCAACAUAAAACGAGAAGAGGAGAAACGGGAGGAGAAAGGGAAGGAGUGAGAGUGGAAGAACGCAUCGUUGGAUGUUUUUAUAGGUUUUGGUAGCUCUCUCGGUAAACAACUGGGAUCCAGUUCAGUUCCUGCGAUGGCUCCUGUCGUAAAAUGGAUGUCAUAAGAAAGAAAUAAUGAAAACAAGGACGCACAAAGAAUCGAUGCCCAUGCGCAGUGGGCGACGGAGGGGUGCAAGUGAGGAGAGAAGGGGUAGACGCCCGCACGCCAGCCCCACUCGCACUGAACGCAACGACAGACAGACGCAAAGAAGUGCUGGUGAGGAAUUGGCUGUAAAUCGCUUCAGUCGCAGAUCACAAGGGCAUGAUUCAUCAGAGAGCGAGGGGGAGGAACUUGUUUCUCCUCCAAAGAGGCAGAAAGUUCAGCAGGAUUCAGGCUCUACCCCAAACCCUCCAACAUCAACACAUUUGACUGAAAACUCUACUCCUUCCACUGUCCCGGCUCCAACCACAGUUCCCAGCCAAUCCCGCGAGAGUGACAACGAAGAUGGCCAAUCCCAGGGCAGCAGGAGUUCAGUUGUAGGGAGUCUGGCCAAUAGYAGCAGUAGUCUGAGCAGUGGGCGGGAUAUCGACCAGGACAAUCGUUCUUCAUCUCCGAGUCUUUCUGCUUCACCCCUGGGUAGCCUGGACUCGGAUUCUGACGGCCCCGACUCACCAAAGCAAGGAGAACGAGAGAAAAGCAAAGAUGGAGGAGCGGGGAAGGUUUCAGGAGAAGACAGGAGAGCGCUACGAGAGGCGAGAGGAGAAGAGUCCUGUGGAGAUGGAGAAAAGCGAGACGUGGAGGCAGCUGAGGACUGCCCRUCUUUAAAGCCGCCCUCCACUCCCUGCUCCUCCUGUAGUCUGACUCCUUCUCUACGCGGAGUUGGAGAUUCAUCAAACGACAGCAACAGUGGGAGGAAGUCGUUUUUCUCCCUGGACUCUAAGCUAAUGUGUAAAGUUGAGUACGGUACGUCGGCGGGUGUUGAGGGCACCCUUAGUGGGAGCAGAAUGACUUCCAAAGCCAGCACACAGUGCAUCAACAAGACGACUAUCUCUGGAGGAGAUUUCUCACAUAACAGCCCCAGCAUCCCUCACUCGCUGCCCCCUCCUCUCCCUCCUCCACCGGCUCUGAAACCCUUGGAGCAUGGGGGUCAAAGCUUGCCUGUUGAAGUGAAGAUGGAAAAAGACAAAAGUGAAAAAUCAGACAAACUCUUGGACAAGACUCAGUCAACGCCCCCCUCUUUGCUGCCCCAGUCCGGACCCCAGUCCCAGCCCCAGACCCAGCCCUCCGGCCAUCCUCAUCACUACAGCUCCACCGGUUGGCAGGGUGGCACGGCAACCGGCUGCCAGGGUAGCUGGGGCUACUCCCGUUACUCUGGUAACCACCACCCACAGCACCAGCCUCCUGUGCAGCAGCAGCAGCUCCCCUCUGUUUACAACCCUCCAUCCUCUCGCCACUCCUCCUCCCACCCCUCUUACCUCCCCCAUCCUCACCCCCACCCCCACAGGGAGUACCUUCCCAGGUAUGCUGGAGGGGGAGGGGACAGAGAGAGGGGAGCUGCAGGAGAGAGGGAGAGGGGAGUGAGAGGGGAGUGUGGGGGGAGAGAGAUCAGCCGGGAGUUUUCUGCGCCCAUUGGCAACAGCAGCAAUGGUAGUGGUGGGGGGAACAGUAAUAAUGGUUGUGGCGCGAUGGGGGCGUCCAACAGCAUUCCAGGUCGGGAGUUUGGCGGUCUCUCAGUGGGGCAGAAUCGAGAGUACCAAGGUGCUGGGAGAGAYGGACCUAACUUAGGUCCAGAAAGAAGAGACUUUGGUCCAGCUUUUAGGGACAGGGAGCGUGAAAGGGAACGUGAGGGAGGAAGGGAGUUUAAUCUGCCAAAUCAAAACCAGAGUAGAGACUUUGGCCCCAGUGGAACCACGGGGGGRCAUCCCAGGGACAAAGAUUGCAACAGAUGGGGUGAGUUUGUAGGCCARUCUAGGGAGGUCGUGAGUAACAGCAACCCCAACAACAACUCCACGCCACAAGGAAACCCUCCAAGUUCAACCAGUGGGUUACCAGUCACCCCUAUCCUCAACCGUGACCCGCCUUCAUCUCCUCAAAACAAUCCCAGUCACCCUUCCCAUCCGUCCCUGUCCUCACACCCUCACUCCCAUCCCCCAAACUCAUCAAACCGGGACUUUCCUCCUCCUCCCAUGGACCAGACACAAACAUCCUCCUCUGGAGCGGACCACUUUCACAGAGAGUACCCUCCUACUGGAGGAAAAGACUUUCCUACUGGGGGACUUUCCUCUGCUGGCACAAAUCGGGAGUACCUAAGCUCCCCUGGAGUAAAUCCAAACAUGUGUCGAGAGUAUUCUGGACCUGGAGGAACACAACACCCUCACCCACCACAUCCUCACUACCAGUCUGGUCCCAAAGACAGGGAAAGGGACGCAAACCUGCGAGAGUCUGCCCUGUACCAAAGCCGUGGGGGCCCAAAUCAACCUCCUGCGCUCUCUCCUUCGUCUUCUUCUAGUCAYCAUGGACAAUACCCACAUCCAACUCCUCCGCCGACUCUACCCCCAACUCAAUCUUCCCAUGCCCAACCACCACCCUCAGGUAUGGGACCCUCUGCACGUCCCUCACACUAUCAGUCUUCAGCCCAGACUCCCCCGACACCCCUGUCUCCCUUACCCAGCCCGUCUACCAAUCCGAUAGGAGCAUUCUCAUCCUUUCCCCCUGGCUCCUCGUCAGCACCCAGCAUACAGGUUCCUGCGCCAGGUGUGCCAUCCAGCUGUUCACCUGGAUGCCGCCCUUCRUCGUUCCACGGCACUUUGAACAACCACCCUCAAUUCAGUGGAACAUAUCACCCCAAUGGAAACAACAGCAGCUUUGUGGCAAACACUAGUAGCAGCAGCAGCGCCGCCAGUAGCAGCAAUACCAACUCACAGUCGCUCUCACCUCAAAAUGUCUCCAAAGUUCCUCCGCCUCUUAGUAGCUCCACCAACAACAGCAACAUCUCAACGCCUGCCUCGAGCUCUUCCCAUCCUGGCGGGGAGGGACAUCCAGAUUCUGGCCUGCCUCCUACGCCUGUCAUCAAGGAGGAACCCCUGGAGGAACGAGAAGAGAGCCAAAGCCCACCAGCAGURUUGAGAAGUCCUUCUCCUGAACCAAAACACGUGGAUAUUCCUAUCCAUGCCAGCCAAUCAGCACGGUUUCACAAGAUUCUAGACCGUGGUAGUGGAAACUCUUGUGCCCGCAGUGAUGUCCUUUUCGUCCCAUUAGACGGCUCCAAGCUGUGGAAAAAGAGGAAUGAGAUGAUUGAGAGGGCUCGCAGGGAAGUCGAGCAGAGGGCCAGAGACCUGAGAGAGAAAGAAAGAGAAAGAGAACGGGAGCGCGAGAGGGAACUGGAUCGACACCUACAGCAGCAGAAGGAUGUCAGCGCUGCUGGAGGGGGUCGCCAGGGCUCCUCACUCUUCUUCCCUCCUUCAUCCUCCAUCAUUCUUGACCCUUCAUCUUCUGCUUCUUCCUCCGGCAACCCAGUCACCCACCUUCCYGCUCAUCCCCAGCAUCACCCCUCACAUCCACAUGCUCACCUUGCUCCAGCACACCAUCUCCACCCCGGUMUCUCCCACACGAUCCCCCACUCCCUCCUCUUACCAUCCAUGGGUGGGGCAUCUGCAGUAGUUGGAGGCCCACAGGGGGCCCUGGGAAUAGGUUUAGGAGGUCCCUAUUUAGGCCCUGACACACCAGCGCUGAGAACUCUGAGCGAAUAUGCUCGUCCGCAUGCUAUGUCUCCACUCGGGGCUGCCAGUCGUGCUCAGGUGCACCACGGUCACCCCCACGUCCACCCAUCUUUCUUCCUUCCUCAGUUUCAGAAUCAUGCUUUGGGCCACCCCCACCACCUGCCGGCUGACGCUGCAACAGCAGCGGCCAUCCUGGGCUUCUUGUACGGAGGCGGCCUCGAAGGUGGUCCGGGCGUUGGUGGGCACCCCGGGAUGGCAGGAGGCCCAGUACCCGGAGGGAUCGGUGGAGCAGGUUUAGGAGGCGUUGGAUUCCCUCACGCAAUGGCUGCUCAUCGAGACCGGAUAAAGCCCGGAUUUGAGUUUAAGAGUGACGAUCGGGUCUACCCACCAGGAUCCAUACCUGAUCCUGCAGUCAUUGCUCUUGCUCACUCACACUCGCACGCCCACACCAAUUCGCACGCACACGCUCACUCCCUGCUCCUCGCAGGAGGUGCAGCAGCUAAUGAAGUGUCACUCUAUGGCACGCCGCCUCCAGCCCCACCCGGUCCUCCUCACCUCCAGAACCCGACCCUGGCAGCUGUAGCCCGACCCCCUAACCCCCCUGCCCUGCAGUCCCUGUCCAAUCCACCUCCUUCAUCUCUCCUCCCACCUUCUCUCCCUUCCCACCCUUCGUCUGCUCCGCUGGCUGCCCCCUCAGCCCCGGCAGCCCCUUCUGCUCCGCCUCCAGCACCUCCUCAGCCUGGUCCACCGACUUCCAACGCCUCCUCAAUUCAUCACCCUGUCCCCCAUUCUUCUUUUCCCAGCUCUCUGUCCACUCAUUUGCCACCUCCCCCCGCCCCCGCUGCUCCGCCCGAGACCUAUCCGACUCCCACCCGCUCCCCGGCCUCAUAUGAGCGCGACAGGAGCGGGGAAAGGGAACGGGAGAGGGAGCGGGACCGAGCAGCCUUGCCGGCCUUUGGGGACAGAGAGCGAGAAAGAGAGAGGGAGCGUGAAAGGGGGGGAAGCGGAGGAAGCAGUGGAGGAGGAGCAGGUGGAGGUGGAGGAGCUGCUGGUGGGAGUGGAGGUGCAACAGGGGCAGGAAGCGGUGGAGGAGAGAAUCUGGGGCGUCUCCAGAUGUUGAACGUGACGCCUCAUCAUCACCAGCAUUCACACAUCCACUCACAUCUUCACCUGCACCAGCAAGACACAGCGGCGGGCGGGGUUCACCCCCUGAUGGACCCGUUGGCAUCGGGGUCUCCUUUGACACGCCUCCCUUACCCCGGAGCCACCCUCGGCACUCCGAUCUUGGCUCACCCCCUCACUGACAGCGAGGUGCUCCGCCAGCAGCUGUUCGGUGAGGAGAAGGCUCCUCGUCCAUGUGCUCCUUUCCGUGACCUACCCCAGCCGUCCUCCCUCUCUGGUCCCAUGUCAGCAGCCCACCAGCUCCAGGCCAUGCAGCAGGCCCAGAGCGCAGAGCUGCAGAUCCAGAGACUGGCCCUGGAACAACAGUGGAUCCACCACCAUCACCACCACUCCCUCACCCAGGACGAGUAUUACAGUCACCUGAAGAAAGAAAGUGACAAGACCCUGUGAGGGAGGAGCAGCCCAGAGGAAAAACUGAGGUGCAAAAAUAGAAACAAACAAACAAAAAAAGAAAGAAAAAGAAAAGAAAAGCACUGAAAACAAAAAGGACUUAUGAACAAAAACUGGAUCUCCAGACAGAUUCAUUUAAGGAAGGAUGAAGAAAAGACGAAGGAAGGAGUGAAAAUGUUGCACAUAGUUCCUGCAAACUGCACCAGACUCCUGCGUUUUCCUGCAUAAUGUUCUUUAAUCUUGUUUUGUUCUGUACAGAAUAAUACACGGAGGAGGGGGGUUGACAACAGUGAAGUACAGUAUGUGUAAAAUACUUGAAGGAAUGUGUACAUGAGUCCCUUUUAUGUCGUUGCAUGUAGCUAGGCGCUUAUUCUGAACUGGUGGAACUUUUGGUUCUAUUUUUAGUAAACACCCCCCCUCCCCCCUUGUAUCUGAGGGGGCGUUCUAUAUGCAUGAAACCAGCAUUUUAGUGUUCUGUUUUCUGAUAAUCGUAUUGUUAUUAUGAUUAAUGUUGUCUGUUUGUUGAUAAUGAUAUAAUUAUAUAUACAGCACAUAUUAUUUGUAUUAUUUUUUUACAUUUUCAUGGUAUGGCGGUCGGUUUUUAUUUUUUAUUUUUGAUUGUGAAACAAGAUGCAAAUGAAGGCAAAAAAAAAAGAACCCAUCUGGAAAUAAAUUAUAAUCUCUUUUUUGCUA